AUGCCUGGUCAGUCUGCAUGGGUGCUGGCGCUGGCCUUCGCCUCGACCUUCUGGGGCAUCGCGCAGGCCGAGACUCUCCACGGCUCCGACGACGGCGUGGGUGACAGCGUCGAGCUCGUCGCCGACGGCGCGCACGACUUGGACGACGCGCACGAGGGCCUCGAGCAGAUCGAUGGCAUCGAGCACGGAGCGCUCGAUGCCGAGCAGAUCGAGGGCAUCGAGCAGGAGGGCGGCGAGCACCAGUCGCUGAGCGCCGAGCAGAUGCUCGGCCUCCACAAGAAGAUGGACGCGAACGGCGACGGAAAGGUUUCCAUGGCGGAGCUCCUGGCCUUCUCGGACAGCACGCGGAGGCAGAUCUUGGAGAGGGAGGUGCAGGCCGUCCUGGCGGAGAUGGACCUCGACGGGGAUGGGAAGCUGAGCGUCCAGGAGCUCGUCAAGGAUCUGGAUUCGUGGGGAGGCGAAGACGUCAGGGAGGACGAGCACGAGGCCGCCGCGAUGAAGGAGUUGGAGAUCGCGAAGUUUGGUGCCGCUGACACGAGCAAGGACGGGCUCCUGGACAUCCACGAGCUGCCCGCCAUUUUCUACCCAGAGACUCACGAGGGCGUCCUGGACCUCACCGCCAGACAGACUCUGCGGGAGAAAGACGGGAACGGCGACGGCCUUCUCAGUCUGCAGGAAUUCUGGCGCGGCGCCCCCUCGGAUGACGCGCUGGACCAGGAGGGGGAGGAAUUGAUCGUCACCGAUGAUGAGCAGGAGGAGUUCCGAAAGAUGGACGCUGACCACAGCGGCAAGCUGGACCUGCAGGAGCUGAAGGCGUUCGAGUCCGGCAGGCUCCACACCGAGGAGGCCAUGAAGUCGUUGUUCGAGCUCGCCGACAAGGACAAAGACAUGCACGUGACCGCGGAGGAGCUCGGGGCUGCGCGGGAGCAGAUCGCUGGCAGCGAGGCCCACUACCCCUUCGCGGAAUGGGCGGACCACUUCGUCGACGACCUCUGA